CAACAAUAUCCAUUCAUCACCAACCACAAAAGAUGGAUGAAUUAAUUCCUGUUAUUAAUCGUUUACAAGAUGUUUUUUCAAAUAUUGGUUUGAAUGAUCUUGCACAAAUUGAUCUUCCUCAAAUAGCUGUUGUUGGUAGUCAAAGUUCCGGUAAAUCAUCAGUUUUGGAAACCAUUGUAGGACGAGACUUUCUCCCUCGUGGCUCAGGCAUUGUUACAAGAAGACCUCUUGUUUUGCAAUUAAUUAAUGUAAAAAACGAAGAAGAAUGGGGAGAAUUUUUGCACGUGCCAAACAAAAAGUUUAACGAUUUUGCAGAAAUCAAGAAUGAAAUUGUUAGAGAAACAGAUAGAUUAACUGGUUCAAACAAGAAUAUUUCGGAAAAACCAAUUAAUUUGAAAAUUUUCAGCCCAAAUGUUUUGGAUUUGACAUUAGUAGAUCUUCCAGGUAUCACAAAAGUUGCCAUUGGUGACCAACCUAAAGAUAUCGAAAUUCAAAUAAGAAAUAUGAUUAUGAACUAUAUUAACAAACCUAAUUGUUUGAUUCUUGCUGUUACCGCUGCAAACACUGAUCUUGCAAACUCUGACGCUCUCAAAUUAGCAAAGGAAGUAGAUAAAACAGGAAGUCGUACUUUGGGUGUGUUGACCAAAGUUGAUAUCAUGGAUCAAGGGACCGACUGUACAGACAUUAUAAGAGGAGAAGUACUUCCUCUUAGAUUAGGAUAUAUUGGUGUUGUUAAUAGAUCACAAAAUGAUAUUAAUAUGAACAAAUCAAUUCGUGAUGCAUUGAAAGACGAAGAACGCUACUUCCAAAAUCAUCCAGCAUAUAAACCAAUUGCUGAUCGUAUGGGCACAGCUCACUUGGCAAGAACCUUGAAAAGAAUUUUAUUGAACCACAUUAAGGAAGUAUUGCCAGAGUUGAAGAAUAAGGUAUCCAUUCUUAUUCAACAAGCUCAGAUGCGUUUGGCAGAAUAUGGUGUCCCACUUGAUGAAAGUUCUAUGAGUAGUGGAGGAAUGGUUUUACAAAAACUUACAGAGUUUUCAACUGAAUAUGUAGAGACUAUUGAUGGUAGAAAUGCUGAGGUUUCAACAUCUGAAUUAUUUGGAGGAGCAAGAAUCAACUAUAUUUUUACAAACAAGUUUUAUCCUGUCCUCUCCGAAAUUGAUGCAUGUGAAAAUUUGACUGAUUUUGAUAUUAGAACAGCUAUCAGAAAUGCUAAAGGCCCAAGAACAUCUCUCUUUAUUCCGGAAGCUGCAUUCGAAAUGCUUGUGAAAAGACAGGUAAAACUCUUGGAAACACCAAGUCUAAAUUGUGUAGAUGACGUUUUAGAAGAGUUGUUUGGAAUUGAGGAACAUUGUGAAAGAGUGUUGGCAAGAUUCCCAAAUCUUAAAAGUAGGACCCAUGAAUUUGUUGUUGAUUUGCUAAGAAAGUAUUCUGAUCCAUUGAAAGAAUUUAUUAGUAACAUUAUUAGAAUUGAAUUGGCAUAUAUCAACACUAAUCAUCCAGACUUUUUCAGUAACAAUAAGGUUGUAGGCGUUUUAGGUGAACAAAAACAGCCUCCUCUACCACAACAAGGAUAUCAACAACAAGGUUACCCACCUCAACAACCAAUGCAUCCAAACAUCAAUCAACAACAAGGCUAUCCACCUCAACAACCACAACAACAAGGAAGAAGACCACCAACAAUUAAUCAACAAGUUGCCCAACAACCACCACAACAAAUUGAAGAACAACAACCUGAAGACGGGGAAUGGGAGCAAGUUGAAACCUAUCCACCACCAAAAAAUCCAAACCAAAUUACUAUCAAAAAUAGUUUGAAGGGAACAGGAUCAAGCACUUCCUCUUCCCAUAAAGAGUCGCAAAAAGAGUCCCAUGGUGUAACAGGACGUAUUUUCAACUUUUUUGGUAUGCACAAGGAUUCCAAGGAUAAACCUUCUGGAAACAAUGACAAUUCAUUUUUUGAUAAUAUGACUGGUAGUGUUUCUCUCAAUUCCAACAAAGAAGUUGAAGUCAAUGUUUCUCUCCCAAAGAAGAAUUCUAAAUCAAGACAACCUCCUCAGCCACAACAGCCUCCACAAGUUGUUAAUCAACCCCCUCAAAUUUUAAACAGUCCGCCAAAUGAAGUGCAACAAUAUAAUGAGUAUUAUGGUCAAAACAAUUAUGAGGAUUACAAUAUCCCACAACAAAAUCCAAAUGCUGCCUUCUUGAGUAAUUUUGAGGAACGUGAAACUAAGGAGACUGAAACAAUCAAAACACUUUUGCAACAUUAUUUUGAAAUUGUUAGAACUUCAGUAUCAGAUAGCGUACCUAAAGCAAUUAUUCAUUUCCUUGUUUCCAAAUCCAAGAUUAAUAUGCAAAGUGAGUUGGUAAGGAACUUGUAUAGAGUAGAGCUUUAUGAGGAGCUUUUGAAAGAAAAUGAGGUAAUGGCUCAAAAGAGAAAGAGAACAGAAAAGAUGUUAACCACCUUACUCAAAGCACAAGAUGCUCUCAAUGAUGUAAAAAAUAAGAAAAUUUAAAUAUUAUUUGAAUAUUGAUUAUAAAUAUGUUGAUGUAAAAUAUUUUUUAAAUUG